CUACUAUACCUACCAUACCUACCAUACCAACCAUACUUACCAUACCUACCAUACCUACCAUAUCUACCAUAUCUACCAUACCUACCAUACCUACCAUAUCUACCAUAUCUACCAUACCUACCAAACCUACCAUACCUACCAUACCUACCAUACCAACCAUACUUACCAUACCUACCAUACCUACCAUAUCUACCAUAUCUACCAUACCUACCAUACCUACCAUAUCUACCAUAUCUACCAUACCUACCAAACCUACCAUACUUACCAUACCUACCAUACCUACCAUACCUACCAUACCUACCAUACCUACCUUACCUACCAUACCUACCAUACCUACCAUACUUACCAUACCUACCAUACCUACCAUACCUACCAUACCUACCAUACUUACAAUACCUACCAUACUUACCAUACCUACCUCACCUACCAUACUUACCAUACUUACCAUACUUACCAUACCUACCAUACCUACCAUACCUACCAUAC